AAAAAAAAAAGAGAACACACACACAGAGUCUCCUUCUCUUCCGUUAGAAGAUGAUGUCCCAAAGUAAAGAAGCACGACCACCGAUGAUCCUCCGACGUAGGACGAACAAUCAUCUCCCAGACGAAAUCGUGUUGGAAAUUCUAGCAAGGCUACCAGUGAAGUCAGUCCUAAGAUUCAGGUGCGUUUGCAAAUCCUGGUACUCUUACAUCACCCACCCCAAUUUCAUCUCCACCCACCUUAAUCACAAUCAUCAUCAUCAUCAUCAUGAUUAUGUCAUACACAGGCCCAAGAGUAAGAGUGUUUCAUAUCAUCCUCCUUCUCGUUCUAACCUUCAAGUCUGUACGCUCGCUUUCGACCGAACCUUUGAAACCAUAUCCGAGUUUAGAAUUCCCUUCACUUUUCAAUCUGGGUAUCCCCGUUUAGUGGGUUCUUGCAAUGGCAUAUUAUGUUUCACUGAUUGUGUCACAUCAAAGUCUAAAGAUGUAUACUUGUGGAACCCCAGUAUUAGAAAAUUUAAGAGGUUGCCAGAUACUUGCUUGACCCAGUUGCGUACAUUGGUGCUCGGAUUUGGGUAUGAUUCCCAGAGUAAUGACUACAAGGUUGUCAGGAUUUCACAGACUCGUGUCAAAGAUGUGCUUGCCCGUGAGGUUGAGGUCUACUCAUUAAGUUCGGAUUCAUGGAAAAGAGUUGGACUUGGAAUCUCGUGGACACCCAGUGCUUUUUCCUUCAGUUUUAAUGGUAUUUUGGCAUUCCCAUUUGUUAGUGGACAUUUGCAUUGGAUGAUAGAAAUGACAGAAGAAGGAGGUGGGCAAGAGAGGCGUUUUACUUCUAUGAUUUUGUCAUUUGAUGUCAAUAGUGAGAAAUUCAAAGAGCUACCACUGCCUGACGAUGAAGGAAGUUUUAUUGUGACGAAAUGUGUUACAUCAUUCAAGGGGAAACUGGCUUUGAUUAAAUUUGGAUUUGGUGUACAACCACAUAGCAUGCUAUGCUCCAUUUGGGUGAUGAAGGAAUAUGGUGUGCUUGAUUCCUGGAAUAAACUUUGUGUUCUACCAGUUGAUGCUUUUAUUGAUUUCACUGGUUUCACCAACUAUGGUAUACUUCUAAUUCAAAACAUGCCCCGGCUGGUCUCCACUAACUGUGAAUUAGAGAGGAAAUAUAAGUCUGUUUUAAUUGACCCUGAAACUCUACAUGAGAAUGAGAUUAGUAUUCAAGUUAAUUAUCAUUUAGAUGUAGCUACUUACAUGGAGAGCCUUGCUUUACUUGAUGGCGCAAAUGUGGUAUUUCACUAAGAAGAUGGUGCUAUCUGGUAUAAGAAGUGAUGUCAUUACAGCUGCAUACAUGGAGAACCUUGCUUUACUUGAUGGAGCAAACGUGGGGAUGGUGCUGUGUAUAACAAGUGAUGUCAUCACAGAAGGAAGAUGAGUUCAAGGAAAAAGAUGAAGACUGGGGGUAGAAAUUAAAUUUAAAAUGUAGGAGAGCAGCACAAUUGAAAAGAAAGAAUUUUUGCUAGAGACAGAAGCAGAGCAGGAAUGCAUUGAAGAGGAAGUGGACUCAAAGAUGGAAGGUGGUGAGAGCUUUAAUAAGAUGAAUGGGGUAUUUUCUACAGAAGACAUUGACGAUGGUGGAAGCCCACCAUGAAAGCAGCAGAAACAUCAGAAGGAGAAGCCUUUGCUCAGAAAGUUUGGAAGCCUACCCAAGAAGAUGGUCACUAGCAACCAUAAGUAGAGAAAUAGACCUGUUUGGCUUAACUUGUUUCCUACUAGCAGGAAGGUAUAUAUGGUAUUAAUUUGCACCUAAAUGUGUUUGCUUUAUUGUUUAUGCUUCCUGAAAGCAGAAUAGGCUAAAGAAGUGAAGAGGCUUGUAUUAUUUUUUUAGUUUUUCCUUCUAUCACUUUUGUUUUUUUAAUGUGAUUUCUCAUGUGGGACAGUAUCUUGUAUGUGAUGGAAAUUUUUUUUUUUUUU